AUGAUGGUUUCACUGUGUUUGAUGGCUAGAAGUAUGUUUUUGAAAAGAAAUUUUUAAAAAUUUAUUUAUAAAUUUGGUAGAUGAGAAAUAAAAUUUUAUAUUUUCAAAACCACGUUGUGUUUGUUAAUUUGAAAUUAAUUUUUUGAAAAUAAAUUUCAUUGUUUGAUGGCGAGGGAGGAAAAAUCGAUGGAAAUGGUGGGUUGAUCAAAAGAUGUGGCUGAAAGAGGAAACAGGGAGCGAGGGAGGAAGAAGGGAAGGAGGAAAGAGGAACAAAAGAGAGGGGGAGGGAGGAAGAAGGGAAGGAGGAAGGAGAAAGAAGGGAGGCAGCAACUCAUUCGUUGAUCGUUCUUGGGGAUUUUGGGGCCAAUGGAUUCCCCUCGGAUUAAUCUGUGGAUGGAAGGUGGAAUCACGGCUAUUGUAGUAGUGUAGAGCAAGAUUCAAGCAGUGAAAGACGACCCAGGCUCUGCCCUGUCUUUCCACCGACCAGUUCCUAUUUCCAAGGCUUUUUCGGAUAUUUUGUUGGUUUCCAUGUCAUUCGAUCUGUAACAUCUAGGAGAUCAUAUCUACCAAUUUUGAAGCUGGUCGGACCACGGACCACGAAACUGGAGGAGAUGAUCUGGCGGGAAACGGCGACGCCCAGAACUGAACUCCGUCACAGGCGACAGGCGUCCCGAAUCUUCAAUCUCAACAGUCUGCUGGAGAGUGCUCAGAUUUCUCUCAAAAUUGGAGCGUGGCUGGUGCUCUUGUUGAGAACCAAGUAAAUAAUGCUGGUGUUACCAACUCAGUGAUAGAUUGGGACUUCAUGGAAAGGAACAACAUCGACACAAGAACCAUCGUGGAUGACUGCUCGUAGGCCACAAGACGAACUUUCAGCCUCUGCUCAACAGUUCCUGCAAGAGGCGGCACAGUUGGGGAGGAAGAAGGUCAUCUUCCACACUCUGGAUAUUACUCAACAGCAGAGUGUGAUGGAUUUCGUCGACUGGUUGAAGCUACAUGUUGGAUUUAUCGACAAUCUGGUAAACAAAGCUGCUGUUCUAAAUGCUGAUUGGAAGUUCUUGGAAAAUGUAGACAUGAGAACCUUUCUGGAUUAUACACAGGUAAAUCCUCCAUGCUUGAACGGGAUACUGGUGAAGCAGGAGUCGGCUAAGGACUGCAUAGAGACCAACUUCUACGGAACCAACAGGGUGACCAAGGCGCUGCUCCCUCUCCUGCGCCCCUCUUCUUACAAGCCCGGGAUUGUCAACGUCUCCUCUGUCUACGGACUACUGCUUCCGUUUCUCAGGGAUGAUGAGUUGAGGAAACAAUUGACCGAUACAAGGGGGUUGACAGAGCAAAAGAUUGAUGAGUUGUUAGACAUGUUCCAAUGUGAAAUCCAAACAGGGCAUGGAGAAAUGGCCCAUCAAGUUUCCCUCUUAUUCUGUCUCCAAGAUUGCGUUGAACGCAUACACGAGGCUUUUGGCCCUUGAAUCGGGCUUGUGUCAACAGUGUGCACCCUCGCUAUGUGAUGACUGACAUGACCUUUGGCACUGGCGGCCUCCUCUCCGGCCGAAGGUACUGCGAAUUUGGUGCACACUGCUCUUCUGCCUGCCGGCGG